AUGCUGGUGUUAUUUGAAACUGCGGCUGGCUAUGCCGUAUUUAAGCUUCUGAGCGAAAAGAAACUACAAAAAGCAGAAAAUUUGUUUAAUGAUUUUGAAAGUCCAGAAACUGCAAGUAAAGUAGUUAAGUUGAAACAUUUCCAGAAAUUUGGUGACAUGACAGAAGCUCUAUCAGCUGCUACUGCUGCUGUAGAGGGUAAAAUGAGUAAAACUUUAAAAAAGGUAAUGAAGAAAUUAGUUGCAGCUGAUGCUCAAGAAGAAUUAGCUGUAUCUGAUGCUAAAUUAGGCAAUAUUAUUAAGGAAAAAUAUCAAUUACCAUGUGUAUCUAAUUCGUCCAUACAAGAGUUAAUGAGAUGUAUAAGAAGUCAAGUGGAUAGUUUAAUUACUGGUUUACCUCAAAAAGAAAUCAUGGCCAUGUCUUUAGGUUUAGCACACAGUUUAUCCCGAUACAAGUUAAAAUUUAGUCCAGAUAAAGUAGAUACAAUGAUUGUACAGGCUAUUUCCUUGUUAGAUGAUUUAGAUAAAGAAUUAAAUAAUUACACAAUGAGAGCCAGAGAAUGGUAUGGAUGGCAUUUUCCAGAACUUGGUAAACUUAUUUCAGAUAAUUUAGCUUUUGCUAAAGUUGUAAAACUGAUGGGUGAUAGAACAGAAGCUGCUUCGACAGAUUUCUCUAAUAUUCUACCUGAAGAGGUUGAACAGGAGGUUAAAGAUGCUGCAGAAAUCUCCAUGGGAACAGAAAUAUCAGUUGAAGAUUUAGAAAAUAUUAAAUAUUUGUGUGAUCAGGUUAUAGAUAUAACAGAUUAUAGAAACCAACUGUAUGAUUAUUUAAAGAAUCGAAUGGUAGCUAUAGCACCUAAUGUUACAAUAUUAGUUGGGGAAUUAGUUGGGGCCAGACUUAUAGCUCAUGCAGGUUCACUGCUUAAUUUAGCCAAACACCCAUCAUCCACAGUUCAGAUAUUAGGAGCAGAAAAAGCCUUAUUCAGAGCAUUAAAAACUAAGAAAGACACACCCAAAUAUGGUUUAAUUUACCAUGCUUCUUUAGUUGGUCAUUCAUCUACCAAAUUAAAGGGGAAGAUGUCACGUAUGUUAGCAGCUAAAACAGCACUAGCUAUAAGAGUAGAUGCUCUAGGUGAAGAUACAGAUGCUGAGUUAGGAUUAGAACACAGAGCCAAGCUAGAACUAAGAUUAAAAGAUUUAGAAGAGGGAAAGACUAAAAAGAUCAGUGGUACUGGUAAAGCAAAGGCAAAAUGGGACAAAUAUGAAAAUAAAAGCUCCAUCAAAACAUAUGAUGAAUUAGCAGAUUCCACAAUUAGUAGUCUGGGUAAAAAACGAAAACAUCAAGAAUCACCAAAAGAGGAGCAAAUGGAAACUGAGAAAAGUCAAGAAGGUAAAUAUAGCUUAAGACAUGGAGAGUAG